CCACAGACAGAGAGCAGAGGAUCCACAACCCGACUGUGUGUCUGUGAAGAGUGACUGGUCCAUGCCUAAACCUCCAGACCUCAGAGAUGGACCUGGACCCCCAGACACAAAAGGUCAGAGCCACAGACAGAGAGCAGAGGAUCCACAACCCGACUGUGUGUCUGUGAAGAGUUACUGGUCCAUUGGUAAACCUCCAGACCUCAGAGAUGGACCUGGACCCCCAGACACA